UGGUACUGGUAACCUAAAAGGUAUCGGCCUUGUACCCUCCUACGAGCGCGUGCUUCACAGCAUCUGCCAAGGAAUCCAAACCUUCCACAUUCAACACAUCAUUGUCGUUCUUUUCAUACAAAGUCCCCCCUUCAGCCCAGAUCCGUCGGAGUGUGGCACUGGUCGCCCUAGGAUUGCCUUUUGCCCACAAGUCAGUUUCCAAAGAUUUGAGGUCAUCCAGGGGCGUCUUGGUGACCUCCCACUUGGCGCCAGUCUGCUUCUCAUACUCGGCCAGAACUUCGUUGGGCGAAACAAUGAAGCUUUGGACCUUGAGAGCCUUCCCAAAAGACUCCUCGGGAUGACGGAGUGUUCCAACAACGAACUUGCCCACACUGAUUCACCUUGUUAGUUGGAUAUUCUCAAUUGAUAGCGAGAAAGAUAGAAAAAGACUUACUCCCACAUGGUGCAAAAGCCAAUUUUGCCCUCUCCAUCCUCAAUAAUCCACGCCUUCUUCUCCUCAGGCUUGAAGCCGCCAGCAGACUCCAGACCAGGAGCCGUGUCAACCCACAUAUCGAAAUACGGCCCAGUGACCACAUAUGUCACCUUGACCCUCCUUAGCUCGUCUCUAAUGUAUUUCCGCACCUUGAGCUUCAACUGGUGGGGCUUCUCAUCAGGGCUCUUGUCGUUGUGCUCAAUAUCAGUGCCAUACUCGCUCGGCAAGAACCACUGGACAGUGUUGGACUCCUCAGCCAGACGCAGCAGUUCGAUCUGGUGCUGAAGACCUCCGCGCCCAACUGCUGAGAUGACUGUGUCUGCUUGGGAAGACUGAUAUGCGGACUUGACGUCGGCGGAUGAAGUUAGGUCACCAACAAUGACUGAGAGACCAUCCGACUUCCAUUUCGCGAUCUGAGAUGCCUUCUUUUCGGCGGUCCCGGGGGAGGUGAAGAGCGUGAUUUGAGGGAACCGGGGCUGGGCACGGAGUAGGGACGUCGUGAUGUAGGAGCCGAUGGUGCCGGUCCCGCCAAAGAUCAAAAUUCGGGUUGGUGUGAAAGUCAUGAUGGAGGAUUACUUUGUGUCCUACAAUGUAUAUCUCAAGGCUAUGGUUGAUAUUGUGUUUCUGGAGAUGCCUUUUCGAAGAGGGUGCGGCUUUCUACAGCUUUAUAUGUGAACCGUGAAAGGCGCACGUCAAUCGGGCCCCUCAUUUCGUUCGUUUCGAGAUGCAGCAAAGCUACUACCUACCGGAUGCCCCGCCUUCCCGUGAAGAACCGGCCUCGGCGACUCCUGCCGACUCAUGAUCCACCAGGCUCCCGGUGCCAUCGGAGGAUACAGCAAACGAUGAUGAGCAUUGUGUUAUUAUCCCUUCCUCUUCCUCGGUUUCACUUUCUGUAUGAAGCAGUGCUGCCUCUCCAGAUACGGGCCUUGCAGCAGCAUACGAGGCAGACUCUUUUCCAUGUGAGAAAUGACGUCGAGCAUGCAAGCUGCUGAGCUGAGCAACGUCGGCUUUUAGGCGGAAGCUCGCAGCGCGACGGAAUGGAGUCGAGCCUUGCUUUAUAUCGGAGCAUUAGCAAUCAUUUAAGCCGUCAAUUGCCGAAGGAGACUAGCAAAUUUACAGCAAACAGGCUGCGAUGUUGGCGGAAAGUUCGUAGGUGUAGAUAUCCCCAGUAGACCUCGCUGUGUGAUUCUGGAGACAGGCUUAUAUGGAUCAUUUGGAGAUUGGAAUUUUACCUCGUGGGCAUACAUAGGUACCUCAAUUUCAACACUUCGAAGGAUGGAGUGGUGAUGGAAGCGCGGGAUAUGCAUUUAGACACUGUAUGCAAUUAAACCAGUAUCGAAGCCCCUGUUCUUGCACCAUUCAGCCGGGACAGCCCUGGGUCUUCGCCCCACUUCCCCAGCUUCCCGUCCCUUGCUUCUAGAGCUCCAGCUGUCAGCAGCGGUCUGGACCACGACAUCCCAACCCAAACAACCAUCGCAGCCAGGUUGCUUGAACGUCAUCACUAUCCUCGUCGCACCAUGUGCCCCAGUUAGCAGAAGAAUCCUCCUAUAUUACAAUCAGAGAGCACACCAAACCUCUUGGAUACCCACGCCCGUAUUCUUGUGGCACCAUGGCGUCCGCUCUCCACGAAGUCACGCCGUUCUUGGUGAUACUGAUACUGAUUGCUACCCUUGGGCCCCUCCAGUUUGGCUUUCACUUGGCUGAGCUCAACGCACCUGAAGAUGUUAUCACCUGCCAAAAGAAAAGCAUUUCGGCGCUUCAACAGCUGGCCUCCCUUGUUAUUACCAAGAGUAGCUCAUCCGACGAUGUUGUGGACUGUAUUCCCAUGAGCCGUUCCGACUUUGCCGCCAUCUCGGCCGUCUUCACCGUCGGCGGCCUUCUCGGCGCCCUCACAUCCGGCCCUUUUACGUCGGCACGCGGGCGCAAGCUCCCCAUGCAAUUGACGGCCGCCUUUUACUUGCUUGGAUCCAUCGUCGAAACCUCUGCAGGCUCUGUUCCCACCAUGAUCAUUGGUCGUUUUCUCACGGGUGUUGGGGCCGGUGCCAGCACUGUCAUCGUUCCCUUGUACAUCAGUGAAGUGGCACCACCAACACAGAGAGGUUUCUUUGGCGCCUUCACCCAAAUCAGCAUCAACGUCGGUAUUCUGUUCACUCAAACUCUGGGCUUCUUCCUGAGUUAUGGAAGUGCUUGGCGAUGGAUUAUGGGCACCGGCGUUAUCAUUGCUCUUGCUCAAGGUCUUGGUUUAGCUCUUCUCCCCGAAAGCCCAGCUUGGACUGCUAGUGCCAAGGGCGACCUCACCCACGCUCGGCGUGUUCUGCAGCGCAUUCGCGGCAGGGUUAGCAACAUUGACGAGGAAGUGGAAAGUUGGGGCCAAGGGGCCAGCAAGCCAACUAGUGAGGAGGAAGCGCUGCUUGUCAGCAAUGAAAGCACCUCGGCAGACGCCUCUGGACUCUUGACGCCAUCAGCUGGUGCCCAGCACUCCCCUCGGGUACAUCUUGGGUUUCUACAAGUCCUUCGUGAUCCCUUCACCAGGCCCGCCAUCAUUGCGGUUGUAGGCAUCAUGUUCGCCCAGCAACUGUGCGGCAUCAACUCCAUCAUCAUGUACUCCGUUUCGCUGCUCAAGGACCUUCUCCCCAUCAGCUCAGCUUUGCUCACCAUCGUCAUCUCCAUCAUCAACCUCGGCGUUACUAUGGCUGCUUCUCCUCUUCCCGAUCGUUUUGGACGCAAGACCUGCCUGCUGACUUCCAUUAUGGGACAAGGUACUAGCUCUUUAGCCCUGGCUCUUGCGAUCCAUUUCGACGUCAAGAUCUUGUCUGCUAUUGCCGUCUUAUUUUUUGUGGCCUUCUUCGCUGUCGGCCUAGGCCCAGUCCCGUUCAUCAUGGCCUCUGAGCUCGUGGGCCCGGAGGCUGUGGGGGCGACGCAAAGCUGGGCUCUGGGUGCAAGCUACGUGGCUACCUUCCUCGUGGCGUACUUGUUCCCCAUUGUCAACGCUGCGUUGAACGAUGCGUUUGGUGGUGCCGGUUGGGUGUACUUUAUCUUUGCAGGAUUUGCCCUUCUAUGGGCCGCAUUUGUGAGCGGCCGUGUUCCCGAAACUCGCGGGCGGAAGGAUGCAGACGAGGUCUGGGGCCGUACGAGAAGGGUCGACUGA